GUGCCAAGCCUCAACCUCGACGGCGGCCACCAACACACCCAAAACCACCAGCACCAGCACCAGGCCUUCAGCAGCACCUCCUUCCCCUUCACCAGCGGCGGCGUCCCCGGCCCCUCAGCUACGGCGUCAACUUCCCUGCAGCUGCCCCACGUAGCUUCAGGCACCCUCUUCGGCCUCGGCCUAGCUGCAGGGGGAGCGAGCCGGCCCCCGCAGUAUGGCCUAGGCGCGCAGCAGCAGGCGUCCCACCACGACUCUCAAAGCCUGGGGCGAAUCAUCCUUGGGAGUGUGGACAGCGGGUCAAGUGGCGCCGGGCCUGCCCCGCUGCCGUCGCUGCUGGACGGCAGCGGCGGCGGCGGCCUUUGGGGUGGCGCUGGGGCGCAUGCGUCGCCACUCGCGCGUUCUGACGGCCGCGGGGAUGCACUGCCAAAGGAUGGCGGCGCAGACACCGGCUUUGGUGGUGAGGCGCUGCUGCAGCAGCCGGCGAAGCAGCAGCAGCAGCAGCAGCAGCAGCAGCAGCAGCAGCAGCAGCAGCAGCAGCAGCAGCAGCAGCAGCAGCAACAGCAGCAGCAGCCAUCGCAUGCGAGUCUGGAGCAGCAGGCGCUGCUGCCCGCUGGACUCAUGCAGGACUUUUUGGCUUCCCUCUCCAGCACUCCCCAGUGGCCGACAUAUUAA